AUGCCACCUCAUUGUUUAAAAUUAAAAAUCGGUUGUGUAAUUAUGCUACUUAGAAAUUUAGAUCUCAAAGCUGGGUUAUGCAAUGGUACUCAAAUGAAAGAUUGUGCUCUUCAAAAUAAUUAUAUUGGUGCAGAGGUUUUGACAGCUAUUUCUGGUGGUAAAUGGGUUUUUGUGCCUCGAAUUCAGUUCGCUCCAUCAGAUUCUAAUUUACCUUUUGUUCUGAAACGUCGUCAGUUUCCUAUCGAAUUGGCUUAUUCAAUGACAAUAAAAGUCAAGGUCAAACAUUCGAUAGAGUUGGGGUGUACCUCAAUACGUGCUCUUCCAACUUCUCCUUAUAAAAAAGCAACUAUUGUUAAACAACUUGCAAUUCAGUUUAACAAAAAUUUACCAGAUAUGCAACCAACACAUGGACCAAAUGCUCUUAAUGAUGAAACGAAGUUAUGCGUCAUUAGUUUUUUUGAACAAGAUGGUAUAUCCCGUCAGGCACCUGGUGUUUGUUUUAAGAACUCGGAGACAACUGCUUAUGAGGUUGUUGCAACUGCUUAUAAACACCCAAUCAGCAAAGAAUGUACAAAUAAUGCUCUUUAG